GUCCCGAGUCAAGUGUAACAACUGUGGUGAAAUGGGUCACACCAUCAAGCGUUGCCCAACCGCCGGCGAGUCGGGUGAAAUGGACACGGGAAACACUGACACCAAUGACUUUGGCGGUGCCGGUGGAUGGGGAGCCGGAGAAACCGAGUCCAAGGACGAGCAACCCACCGAUGGAGGCGGGGGAGGAUGGGGAUCGGGAGCCGCUACUACUGCUACUUGGGACUAGACGGGAUCCGACAAGUGAUGGCGCGACACGGAAUAAGAUCGUUUGAGACGAUGUCUGAUGUCAUAAGUCGCACGUUCCUUGAUCGCGGUGGGUGUCUUGCACUACCUGAUUUCCAGUUUCCAAGCCUUCUUCUGUCCCGUUCACUCUGAUCUGUCUAACCCCGCCUUUUCCUACUACUGCACUUAACCAGGUGGGGACUUCUUCCCCCGGCAGGCCCGGGCUGGGCAAUUCCUUCCACGGACCGAGAGGCACUCACAUUUACUUACUGCGCGUGUUCGGGACGAUCACGUCAGAGAAGUGCAACGUCAAGCCGGAUUCUUUGUUCUCGGGAUCAAAGGAAUGGAUUGCAUACAUAGCCACUUGGC